AUGUCUGAGUCGAUUAAUUUACUUGGGAAUUAUCCCUACAACCCACGCUAUGCAGGAGCCGUUCAGCAUAACUCCAAAACCAAUGAGCCCUUUAUUGCUCUACCCGCGCCCCAUUCCAACAUUCACUUGACGCCUCCACGACUAGACGAUGCGGAUGAUAUUUUGCCCAUAAUGAACAAUCGAGAAAUUUUUAUGAACCUUGCCAGUGCUCCCUAUCCCUAUCUUCGAGAGCAUUGCGAUGCACGCUUGCGGGAUCGAGUCAGAGACUAUGAGAAUGCUAUGGCACACAUACACAUCAGGGAGGUCGCACCUGACGGAACCGAGACAUUCUUGGGGGAUAUUGGACUCGUUCGCGAAUGUGAAUUCUGCGAGAUAGACGAUAAAGAGUCCAGAGCGGAUGCUGUGAAUACAGAUAUGAGCCUUCCGCCGGGAGACCCACGUAUUAUUAUCUUCGACCAACACACCAAGGACGAGGUUAUCAUGUCCGUAGUGAUUAAGACAGUGACCGAUGUGUGGGCGAUUCCCCACAUGAACGCACGUAGAUUUUAUGCGGCAGCAUUCAUCGAGAAUGUUGGAAGUCAAAAGGUGUUUCAGAAGAACGGAUUCGACAUCGUUAGUCGAGUGUAUGCUCGUAGACCACCCAAUUACGAGGUUGAUUUCGUCGGUGAUCCAAGGCCUUCUAAUCCUGAAGAGUGGAUUAUAUUUGCACAAAAGAAGCUUUGGACAACUGGAAAGGUGGUGGAUGUGAUUCAAGCUCUUGCGGAUAUUGAACCGGAUCUACUCGAGUUCCUCAUGUCUGACGAGGAAGUUCGUGGUGCUCCUCAGCUACUCGCUCUUCCAACGAUUCCUUACAUCAAUCGACUUCCUCCGAACCUGAGUCUGGUAGAUCGUGCCGUUGAUGAAGCAUGCCGACAAGUCAUUCCAUAUCUGACCCUGCUUUCUGCCUUGGGUCAGAUCCAAUUCGCCGUAGCUAUCGAACAUGAAGAAGCGUUCCCGACCAAGAAGAGUCAGAAAAGGCGCAAGGCCAGUAAUGCUAUGCGGGUGCGUCAAAACACGUCUGCAGUUGAUCCCCGGCUCUUUACGGCUGUUGGUCUCGAACAUCCGACCACAAUAGAGGAGUUGCAGAAGAUCGAGGUACAAGUUAUGCAGCGGCUUCAGGUGCUACUUGAGGUGCUGCUUGGUGCCUUUGAAAGCGCAGAACUGGGGGCUUACUCGGAAACAUUAUUCUUCGGCAAUCCCUUUCAACAGAUCAAUGAACAGUCAAUGGUGGCUAUUGUUGCCGAUGAAAGUACCGAGGGGUCCGACCCUCUUCCCGUAACAAACCCAGGUGUUUUCCCUCAUAUUCGACCACUAGCCGCCGCAAAGUAUUUUGACGAAGGAUCCGCGCUUGGAGCAUGGUCGAUAAUCUCGGGCCGAGCAGUGAAUGAUCUUCGACAGAUGCGCAAGGGAGAUAGCCAUGUCUUUGGGAUGGUCGAGAAAAAGAUUACCGAACUCUCCCAAGGAUUUUUCUCCGAAAGCAACCAGAAGAGGCUGGUUGGAUUAGACACUGAGGUCCCGAUCUACGAGGCCAAGGUUUCACGCGACAUACGCAUUGUAUACCAAAUCGACCUCGACACGGAUGUAGACGCAAAGAUCGACAAACAAAUUAUUAGAUUUACGGUGUCUACACGCAUGCCCAACUCGAUAACAGACUAUGGGCACUGGUCUCACACUACCAUAUUGGUCGUCGCGGCAAAAUAUCGUCGAAGGUGUCUUCAUCGUGAAACCCCGCGCGCGCCAGGCCAGAAUGUCACCCUGCCUGCGUAUUUCCCUUACGAAGACACAGAGGUUCCCGGAGACUCUUCGCCGCCACCACCCACUGCAUCAGUAGAGAGCGAGAUGUCAGACAAGGAUCUCUUGAACCUACACUCCCUAAUUGCCCUUGAGAAAUUUAUACCAAUGUCACGGUCCCUCAUCGACGCAAUAUUGAACGAUUCCGACUCGAAUCACGUUUUCCAAGUUUCCCCGAAGGAGAAGGAAAUUAUUUAUCACGACUCAGCUUGCUUUGUCUUGGGACGUAGUGGAACUGGAAAAACAACAAGUAUUGUAUUCAAGAUGAUAGGGAUCGAAAAACUAUUCGAACAGAUGGGAGAAAUGGCCAAACCUCGUCAAGUGUUUGUUACACAAUCUCGUGUCCUUGCUCAGAGGGUGCAAGAAUACUACCAGAGCCUUCAAGUCCGUAUUGUAUUCAAGAUGAUAGGGAUCGAAAAACUAUUCGAACAGAUGGGAGAAAUGGCCAAACCUCGUCAAGUGUUUGUUACACAAUCUCGUGUCCUUGCUCAGAGGUCAAGCAAGUCCGACGAGGACGAAGAGCACGUUUUGGCCGAUCUCGACGACGAGGAUGUUAGUGCGUUUGGACUUCCGGCCAAGUACUCAAUGCUUGAAGAUCGCCAUUUCCCUUUGUUUGUGACGUUCGAUCAGCCUAUUGGAGGCAGAUUUUGGCCUGCAGUUCAAGCGCCUGACCCGGACAAGGCCCAUGCCGCUGCCGAGAAGCGCUUUGCCCUUUCUGAAGUCGCAGACGUCAAGAUUGACCUCGACCAAGAUGAUGAGGCGGCACAAGACAACGACAAUAAACCGGCCUCACCCACGGUUGAGACUACAGAACGGAUGCUGGAAGCGAAACAAGCUGCAGUGACUUUCGAGGUUUUUGUUGCCGCUUAUUGGCCACAUUUUGAUUACCAACUCAAGAAGGGGCUUGAUCCUGCGUUAGUAUAUAGCGAAUUUCUCGGCAUUAUCGGCUCUGAGGCUGCUCUUUCGUCCAAAUAUGGCGCACUAGUCGAGACGACUCUCCCAUAUUCGAUCGACAAGCUCAAGAAAGAGACUGGCAUCACCGAUGCCCAAAACCGGUCUUCUUUUCUGGUUGGGAGCGCGGGGUCGUUCGUUUCGAAACAAUUUCUCAGGGAGAAGCGGAGACUAAUUGAUUUUGGAGCCUCGCAAGUUAUUCUUGUUAGGAAUGAGGCAGCUCGAAACGCCCUGCGCGAGCAAAGUAAAGGUCUUGAAUUUGACGACGUCUUGCAUACAACUUCUUUGGGACUCGGUCCCCAACGAAUCUACUUGGCGAGUUAUUCUACAAGGUUUACACGUAGCGAAUAUUGGCCCAGUUCCCCGGGCUCGCAAUCACUGUUGGAUUUGGGAUGUUCUGAAAAGGCAGAGCCAAUGAAGCUCUUUUGGCGAAAGCAAGGUCUUAUUAAGGAAUGUGGGCCAAAUGAUCCCAUGCCUCAGCUUAGCGUGUCCUCAACCGACGCUGACUGGGCGAAGAGCGGCCGACUACUAUUUAAUAAACGACUUUAUCCACAGGCAAUGUUCUGUUUCGAGAAGGCCAAUUUAUUGGUAGAACGGGAUAUCGCGGCCGCCUAUGAGUCUCGCAAGCAAGCCAGACUAUUGCAGGCAGCCAAAUCUGUUGAUCGAACUACGCGUCGUGCCGCAUUCGCAAAUACAGCAUCAGACUUCCUUGGGUGCGCGUUCUUAUCCAAAGGAAAACAACAAACGUCGUGUUAUUUGCGCGCUGCAGAGUGCUAUUUACAAGCCGAAGACUGGAAAGCUGCGGCUGAGGCAUUUUAUUCCGCUAAUGACUUUGACAUGGCCGCAAGGAACUUCCGCCGUGCGGGUUGCUUUGAUGAAGCUAUUGGUGUAGUUAAGAAGCAUCGGAGCUGUGUCAAGAAUAAUGUUGCGGAUGACAUUUUUGGGGUCGCUCGACUGGAGUAUUUCCGUACUAACAAACUUGAGAAAGCGAGCGGACUGUUUGAAGAGGUCGAAGAUCAGUUGGAAUAUAUGGAAGACUAUGGAUUUACCGGAGCUCUUAUGCAUGUUCUUGAACAUCACAAAAGAUUUGAUCAAGCUGCAGAGGUAGCCUUCGCAGAACGCAAUGUUACAGAAGGUGUCCGUCUACUGUCGCAGUCUGAACAUCCUGCAUCUGUGCGGAGGGCUGUUGAAAAGGCUCUUCGGGGGCUAUGGAUGAUGAUACCCUUUGGACUUACUGGUGAUAAACGGUCCAACCCGGCCAUUCUUCCGCUUAUCGAUCAGUUAUCUGCGAACACUGCAUUGAACAAUCAAGAGGCUUAUGAGCUGAAGGCAUUCCAAGCCUUGCACGCAAAUGAUGUCAACGCUCUCUUUGAAUUAGCUCAGUCAAGCUGUAGCUCUACAUUAACUCUGCUUUGUUUCUCCCAUAGCUCACGCCUGCUUACACCACACCGGAACUCGACGAUCGCGGAGUUUAUACAGAAGGCUAAGCCAGCUAUAGAUUACAUUGGACAGUUACUUCGGUUCGCUCGAUCCCUCGACGUCACCUUGCAUGAAACACAGAAAUUCUUAGGGAUCGACCCUAUAGAAUCUGCGGAAUCUGGAGGAGGCAAAUCUCAUUUGCCAGAAUACUGGAUACACUCUACCUCCCCCAUGUUUGAGGGAGCCCAGAAAUCCUUGGGUGAUGCGACUGCGACCCCAUCCACUCUCGGAGUCCUAUCUUUGGCCGUCUCCGAGUUGCACGCACGUCAACUCGCUUCGACUGUCAUAUAUGACACUGCACGCAUGUGGUCUCGUAGGUUGUACGAAAACUUUAUGCCCCACUUUCCACCACUAGGAAAUGUUUCAUGCGUCGAUUCUAGGCGGAUACCGGAGUUUAUUGACAGUACCAACGCAAUAUCCGCCUGGUGCGAGGAUGCACUCCACGAGUUAGAUCCUGGAUCUGGACCUCCAAACAAAUUUUUAUCCGACGUUCUGGCCUAUUUAGAUAUAUCGUUCCGGGUUCACCGACAGGAUUAUAUUUUCAAAUUGCAUACCAGGAAACUAGUGCGCCCACGGGACGACUUGAUGGUUGAAGUCGCUGGCCCUAUCCCUAUCAAGUAUUCGAUUGUCCAUGACUUCAUAAACUUCUACGCUCGAAAGUCGCAAGAUGUCAUUAGCCGUGUAAUCCGCGCAACCUGGCACAUUGUUUGGAAAUCUCUGGCAAUAGAGGCAAAUUUGCUGGUGAACAUUCUAGAGUUUAUUGGACGCGAGAUUAUCGUACAUUGGAGGUUUUUCCAAAAGGGCCACGAUGGAGUAUUUGACCAGCUACUGCUGCCGCGGUCCUGGGCAUUCGAUCUCGUAAGGCGCCCUCCGCUUCCUUUGCAAAAAGGAAUCGCCCUACAUGAUUAUUUGAACACUCUUUACAAAACUUUGGAACUACUUCACAGUCACGAAGUCAUCCCAUCUCCUUUGUAUGGGUUUAAUGGCCCACUAAAUCUAUUAGUGCGAUCUGCUUUGAUUAUGAGAAUUUGUCGCCUUAUUGUUCUAGUCGCCAACAACAUAUCUAUUCCCCAGAAUGCCAAGGAAGGAAUACGCCGAGUAAUUACCGGGUCGUUGACUGGUCCGGGCCAAAUCCACACUAAGUUAUGUGCUAGAUUUUCCGGCGCCCGUUCUUGGCGAGAUUUGUGGGAUGCUGUUCGGGAUUCCCCACUGAAUCAAGGUGUCGAAGAACUGGUCUUUCUAUCCCUUCGUCGAGACGGGUACAAACCUCCUCCUAUCAAAGCUGUCAGGCCAAUUACCUAUAGCAACCUCAACCCCGAGCUCGAACAACUCCUCUCAUUAGUUGAAAUCUCUGCCCUUAAUCCCGGAGCUAAACCGUUUAUUCCUCAAGCUCAGAAUAUUGCACCCACAGACGCCGAAGAUACGAUCGAGCCAACCCAGCCUACAGCCAACGAUUCAGUAGAAGCCAACGAGCUCUUAGAGAUGGUCAUACCAGACGGCGACCUUCCCUCAGUAUCGCAAGCCGAACCAGAGCGUACUUUCACUCUAUCAGAGAUUGAAUUCGGAAAGAAAAUUCUUUUCUGCUUUAGGCGUCACAUGUUAUGCCAACGAAUACUGAUGAGGAAUGCUAUCAAAACUAUUUGGAUAUAUUACCUUCGACACAGGCUCCGUCACAAAAUGGGGAUGACGCCGACCGAGGAGCAGAUUCGUAAAAUAUACAACGAAUACAAAAAGGAUGUGGAUUCCAUCGACUGUCCCCUACUUUAUGCCCAAGCCUUCCGGUACCAUGAGCGCGUAUUACUGGGGUGCAUGCCGCACGUUUUGGUUUACCUUCGUGGCCUUGAACGUGUCAACCAACAAGAGAAAGAGGCCAACAAGAAGAGGUUACAGAAGGUACAGCACGAGGAACUUGACAGGGUUCGAAUUAGAAUGGACGCUUGCGCUAAAUUGGCAAAGAAGAUAAAGGUAUUGUUACGUCGCAUUGCGCCAGGGUCCCCUGCUCUACACAAGAUUGAUACUCUUCGAGAGGAGGUCAAUAAGGUGGACUUAUUGCGGAUAGAAAUACUAGGCAUUUUUGGAGAGAGCACCAUACCGAAGUCUCUCGAAGAGCAAUAUUCCCUUGGAAUCCUGACGAUAAUGUCCCCGCCUCGUUCUACAACAGCACCCAAGCCCUCGAGACCUGAUCUCAAUACCUCUGAUAUUACAAUGUAA